GGGUGAAAAAAGUGGACGUAGAGAUCGAAGCAGUAGGUCUCCGGACCGUAGAAGUGACGCUUCGCAUCGCUGCUCGCUGUAUCUAACACGACAGCGCCACUCGUCGGCCAUAACUGCCGCUGCACAACACCACCACCCAGCACAGCCCAAAAACACAUGCCCCCCAAGCCGCGACUGCCGCGCCGCCGACCGCAGGACGAGCCCGACGGUCCCUGGGACCUCUGCAUCGUGCUCACGUCCAUCGCCGGUUUACUGACGCUCUUCAUCUGGCUCGCGGGUCACGAGCUCGGCGCGGAGAUUGUGCACGACCUCUGAAUGUGUCUGGUUUUUGUGUGGCGGGCGCCGGCGCCGGACGAGGUUUGUGAGGAGUGGGAGCACGAACUCGCCAAACGCUACCGCCUCGUCAUCGCGUCGAACCGCGACGAGAUCUUAUCAAGGCCCGCGGACCGGCUCGGGCGCUGGCGCGACAACGAGAAGGUGGUCGGCGGCCGCGAUAUAAGUGGAGGUGGCACGUGGCUAGGGAUGUCUGACGGUGGACGCUGGUCGUGUAUUCUGAACGUCCGCGAGCCGGAGCAAGCGCCGCCAGAUGCCCCGUCGCGCGGCGCGCUCUGCGCGAAUUUUCUGCUCGGCGAGUCAACGCCAGAGGAAGCGGCGCGCGCCGCCGUCCGCGACGGCGCGCAAUACGCGGGCUUCAACGCCGUCUUCGGAUCAAGUGAAGACGCCUGGCACGCGUGCAACCGCGGCGGUGGUGUCGCAGAGAUGCCGCGCGGGAUCAGCGUGAUCACGAACGCCGCGCCCGGCCUGGACGCGGCCUGGUCGACGGCGGAGCGGGGGCGCGCACGCUUCGCCGAGGCGCUCCGCGACGCUGCGGACGACGCCCUCGUGGAGGCGUUGUUUGAUGUGCUCGCCGACGGCACGAAGCUACCGCUCUCGCCGACGCGCAUGCCUCCAAGCGUCGAGGACCGGCUCUGCUACGUCUGCGUGCCGCCCGUCGAGGUCUCCUCGAACAAGUUCUGGGGCACGCGGACGCAUACGGUGUUCCUCGUCCGCGCGGACGGCUCCGUCACCGCGGUCGAGCGGAGCCGCCUCCCGGGCGAGUCGGAUGUGCGCGAGGAGUUUUCUAUUUUCUAACGUCGUGAUGUUUUUUUAAUUUUUCACCGUGACGGUGUACUCCUAUCACGAGUCGCACCUGUCGCCGGAAGACGCCCCCCACCACGCCGUCGACGCGAAUCACUAGUAUUUUUUUUUACCCGUCUACC